GAGGGCUCUGCCGGCGUUUCUCGAGUGCUAAGGGAUGCUGUUAGUAUAGACAGGGGAUUGAUGGUGCCCAAAGGAAACUACUUUUUAGGCGAUAAUGGAUACGCCAAUUGUGAAGGAUUCUCGACGCUGUUCAAAAAUGUUCGUUACCAUUUGAAGGGAUGGGGCGUCGGUACCCAAAGACCCCAAAAUGCUCGUGAGUUGUUUAAUUUAAGGCACAACAAAGCUCGUAAUAUUAUCGAGCAAGCUUUUGCAGUUCUUAAAAUGAGAUGGAGAAUUUUGCGAAGUGCUAGCUUCUACAUCCAAAUACGGGUGAUAAUGUCUUGCUUUUUACUCCACAAUUUUAUUCGUGGUGAGAUGAGCAACGACCCAAUAGAACAACAAAUUGCGGGUGACACACAACUUGGUGUUGUAGAUGAUGCUGAUGGUGAAGUUGAAUAUGUUGAUCAAGUUGAGACAUCUACUGCUUGGACUCAAAUGAGAGAAGAUUUGGCUAACUCUAUGUGGAACAAUCCUCCUAAUGUCGACGACAACAUCCAACAGUGUUUGUGGUGGUGACAUGAUACCCGAGUGUGUUUGUGGUGUUGACAAGAUGAAGUUGUUGUGAGCCAAACACUGCGGUAGAUGGUUUUACAAGUCUUCGACUGAUGCAAACCACUCGGGGUCUUUCUUGUGGUGUGACGACUAUCAUAGUAGGAUGGAUACGUCAAGUAACCAGACUAUGUCUUGAACCUAAUGUGGCGCCCUGCAAAAACAGUACGCAACAAGGAUGAAGAUAAGAAUAAAAGGAGAGCUAGCAGCGGACAUGUUUGUGGAGCUUGUGGCCGAUGCCAAGCUGAAAUUAGAAUGAACUUUGUGUUGGUUGUCAUAGGUUUGGUGUUGUUAUUACUGGGGAUUGUU